CCUGCCGCCGACGGCGGAACCGUGAUAUCCGGCCGCCAGCUCCGCCCUUCCCUGCUUCUCGAUAACUCAUCCUCUGCGGUGAUUGCUGAGGCGGUCACCGGCCGCAGGAAGAGGGAGAUUCUCCGGCCGACGCGAGCUGCCGCUUCGUCCUCCGCCGAGGGUGGAGAUUCCGCCGGAGCAGCAAAGGUCGGAUUCUUCGACAAGUACCCGGCGCUUGUUACCGGCUUCUUCUUCUUCAUGUGGUACUUCCUGAACGUGAUAUUCAACAUCCUCAACAAGAAGAUUUACAAUUACUUCCCUUAUCCCUACUUCGUAUCGGUUAUUCACUUGUUUGUUGGAGUCGUGUACUGCUUGGUGAGCUGGGCUGUGGGCCUUCCCAAACGGGCCCCAAUAGACUCAAACCUUCUGAAGUUGCUGAUACCAGUGGCUGUGUGUCACGGCAUUGGCCAUGUAACCAGCAACGUCUCAUUCGCAGCCGUUGCCGUCUCCUUCACUCACACCAUCAAAGCUCUCGAGCCGUUCUUCAACGCUUCCGCUUCGCAGUUCAUACUUGGACAGUCCAUCCCUAUCACUUUGUGGCUUUCUCUGCUCCCUGUUGUCCUCGGAGUUUCCAUGGCUUCCCUGACCGAGCUCUCAUUCAACUGGACUGGUUUCAUCAGCGCCAUGAUUUCCAACAUCUCUUUCACUUACAGAAGCAUCUAUUCCAAGAAAGCCAUGACUGACAUGGACAGCACGAACGUGUAUGCUUACAUAUCUAUCAUAGCCCUCUUCGUCUGCAUCCCUCCCGCCAUCAUCGUUGAAGGGCCUCAACUGCUGAAACACGGAUUCAACGACGCAAUCGCGAAAGUUGGAAUGACCAAAUUCAUCUCAGAUCUCUUCUGGGUGGGAAUGUUUUACCAUCUCUACAACCAGCUGGCGACCAAUACCUUGGAGAGGGUGGCACCGCUGACUCAUGCGGUGGGGAACGUUCUGAAACGUGUUUUCGUGAUCGGUUUCUCGAUCAUAAUCUUCGGAAACAAGAUAUCUACUCAAACAGGAAUAGGAACAGGCAUAGCCAUUGCUGGAGUUGCCAUCUACUCCCUGAUUAAGGCCAAGAUGGAAGAAGAGAAACGGAAAGGAAAGGCCGCAUAGAGAAAGGCAAUGGAGGAGGGAGGGAGGAAGGAGCGAUCUAAUGGAUAUAAAUAACAACAAAAUGCAAUGUUGUACUGUUAUACCAUUGUUUCUUUUUAUAUAAUUUAAUUUUGGCUUUUUGUUUUUUGAAUAGAACCCCAUGCAUGGACCAUCUCUUC